UUCCUCUCUACAUCAUCAUCAUCAUCAUCAUCAAGCGUUGGUUUUUAUUUAUGAUGAUUCCUUCUAGUAGUCAUUUUUGUCAUCGUCGUCGUCGCCAUCGUCAUCAUCAUCAUCAUCAUCACAAUCGUCUUCUAACUAAACGCAUCUAAGUGGGGAAUAACAUCAAGCAGGUGGUGGGUCUUUUUUGGAUCUGAUCAGAUCCAAAAUCAAUAGAAGAUGGAAAUGGAGGUGAGCCUGGAUGAGCUUCCUUCGGCUCUUCUGGCCACCAUAAUGACCAAGCUCGACAUCGCUUCAAUCUGCUCCUUGGCUUCAACUUCCUCCACCUUCCGCUCCUGCGCCAAACACAUCCUCUCUUUCCUUCCCACUUUCCAUCUCUUGGAUAUUGCGCCUUCUGGGGAGUUACUGAGGCCAUUGCUACCACCGAAUCGGAGCCUGAAGAGCCUCAAGGUUGAUUGUGGUCGCCUUGACGAUUCUGCUAUACCUGUUCUGCUGAAACCCUCGUUGCAUGAACUUUGCCUGCAUAACUGUGCUGAUUUUAGUGGCAAGCUUCUUUCUGAGAUUGGGACCCGUUGCAAGGAUCUAAGGUCUCUCUACUUGGGUUCGGUAGCAGAAAAUAGAGGGAGGGCCAUUCAUAUUAAUGAUCUGGAGGAGUUACUCAGCAGCUGCUCCCAGUUGGAAGCACUUAUCCUGAUGUUUGAUGUCUCUCUCUUUCUUCGACACAACUUUGCUCGAGUUUGGGCUUCUGCCUCUGAGAAACUUACUUCUCUUGAAAUUGGUUACAUUUCUGCAGUUACAGUGACUGAACUGCUUAGCCCAAAUUUGGGGUCCCAUCAGUCCUUAAAUCAUGUUCAAUCAUCAGUAUUGCCAAGAAUUCAGAAACUAUGCCUUUCAGUAGACUAUAUAACCGAUGCCAUGGUUGGUACUAUAUCCAAAGGUCUCCCCUUGUUGACUCAUUUGGAUCUUCGAGAUGCACCACUUAUUGAACCAAGAGUUACUUUUGAUCUAACCAAUGCUGGCCUUCAACAAAUUAAUCAGCUUGGGAGAUUGAAACAUCUUUCAUUGGUUCGAAGCCAAGAAUUCCUGAUUACUUACUUUCGAAGAGUAAAUGAUCUAGGAUUACUUCUAAUGGCUGACAAGUGUGCAAACAUGGAGAGCAUAUGUCUUGGUGGCUUCUGUCGUGUCACAGAUACCGGUUUCAAAACUAUCCUACAUUCAUGCUCACGCUUAUGCAAGUUUAAGGUCACUUAUGGGACUCAUUUAACUGAUCUAGUUUUUCAUGAUAUUUCUGCAACGUCCCUUACCUUGACACACGUGAGCUUAAGGUGGUGCAAUCUGUUAACAAACCAUGCAGUAUAUAGUUUGGCAUCAAACAAGGAGCUUAAAGCUCUUGACUUGAGAGAUUGUAGAAGCCUUGGGGAUGAAGCUCUACGGGCCAUUGGCUCUCUUCCAAAACUGAAAAUGUUACUAUUAGAUGGGUCUGAUAUAACUGAUGCUGGACUUUCUUACUUAAGACCAUCUGUUAUCAAUUCGCUGUUAGUGUUGUCUCUCCGAGGGUGCAAGAGACUCACAGACAAAUGCAUCACGGUCCUAUUUGAUGGCUGUGGUAUGCUGGAAUUGCGAGAACUGGACCUAUCCAAUCUUCCUAGCCUAUCAGAUAAUGGAGUUUUGCUGCUGGCAAAGAGUCGGAUUCACUUUUCCGAACUCCGGAUGCGACAAUGCCCUCUGAUUGGCGAUACUUCAAUCAUGGCAUUAGCUUCAAUGAAGGGUGAUGAGGCUGGAUGGCAUGGAAGCAGUCUGCGUUUAUUGGAUCUUUACAACUGUGGUGGCAUUACACCACUAGCAUUUCGGUGGUUAAAGAAACCGUAUUUCCCAAGGCUUAAAUGGUUGGGAGUGACUGGAAGCGUUAAUAGGGACAUGGUAGAUGCUUUAGCUACAAGUAGACCUUUCUUGCAUGUAGCAUGCCAUGGUGAGGAGCUUGGGGCUGAUCCUUAUGAUAUCUCAGAUGGUUUAUACACCCAUGAUUACGAUGAGGUGGACGAAUUUGAGCAGUGGCUUCUUGAAGCUGAUGUCAAUAGCGAGGAUGAAGAAAUGGGUGAUGCUGAAAAUAAUGAAGUACUGGCUGUGUAAUUUGUUCAUUAACUGUUGUAUGUGUCCAUGAUUGUGUGUUUGUAUUUAUAUUUGUAUUUGUAUUUGUAUUUAUAUUUUGUAUGUGUGUAUCUUAUUCUCUGGUUAGUUGUUAUUUGCCUUAGCCCAUAAGGGUUUUAGCCUCUUAAUACUUAUUGUAUGAUAUUAAUGUAUCUUAAGUAGAUUAAAAGUUACAUGGUUUGUCUGAA